AUGACUAUGGCAUCGCAUGUGCGUUUCGAAGGGGACAAUAGUGGGUUCCAACUGGGAAAUAAUUAUGGAAACAUACACAUCCAAGCCCGUCCUGGUAUGUUCAACUUUCUAAGUUGCAGAAAUCGAACUAACACGCUCAUAGAGCGACCGGAGACUCCACCAGAGCCGCUCUCCACAGUUCCCUUCGAUCGUGAUCCUGAUUUUGUCACCUGUGGGUCGAUACUCGAUGAUAUCGAUGAUAAAUGCUCCUCUCCUGCUUCGAGAAUUAUUGCCCUUUGUGGCCUUGGUGGUGUCGGGAAAUCGCAGUUGGCUAUCGAAUACUGCUAUCGUGUUCGUGAAAGAUCACUGGGCACGUGGGUUCUGUGGGUCCAUGCGAGUAAUGCUGCACGCCUUGAGCUGAGCUACCGUGAGAUUGCCGACCGUCUCAAAAUCUUCGGACGUAAGGACCCUCAAGCCAGUGUAUUUCAACUUCUUCAUGACUGGCUUCAUGAGUCGAAAAGAGGGAGAUGGAUAUUGAUACUGGAUAACCUCGACGAUGAGAGCCUUCUUAGCGAGUCUGUACAGGCUCACAGCCAAAACAGCGCCCUUCGCAAGCCUUUUCGAGGACUCCUUCCUCGAUGUUCCCACGGUACCAUCAUUCUGACUACACGCCACAUGAAGGUAGCGCGGAUGAUGGCCAAAGAGAGCGAUAUUCUUGGAAUCACUCCCAUGGAUGAGAAGUUCGCAUCCACCUUGAUGAAACAGAAACUCACUGUCGGAACGACCGAGAAGGAGAUCAAGGAAAUUGUGGAAACACUUGAGUUCAUGCCCCUUGCAAUCGUCCAUGCCGCUUCUUACAUGGAGCAUCAAUACCCACCAUGGUCGGUGGCAAAAUAUCUCAAAGUAUUUCGAAAAAGCCAUCGCCGCUUAUUAGUAGAUCAUGAGGCCGAGCACAUGCAUCACAGACGUGACACCAGUGCUAGUAAUUCAAUCUUGGUCACUUGGCAAAUCUCUUUUGACUAUAUCAGACAAUCCCAUCGAUCUGCAGCUAAUUUGCUCUCUCUGAUGAGCUUCUUCGACAGACAAGGAAUCCCGAGAAAGUUCCUUCAGGACCAACGAAGGAAUAGCCCUCCUGAUCUGCAGACCACCCGCCCGUCGCACAGUGAUAGCGAGGAAAGUGCAACUGAAUCCGACGAGGACCUCGAUUUUAAUAGUGACCUCCUGACUCUGAGGGACUUUUCAUUCAUCUCAAUUAACCAUGAUGGGGCAGAAGAGACCAUCGAGAUGCACAGACUGGUGCAAUUCGCACUCAUAAACUGGCUAGAGAUACAUGAAGAGAUUGAGCACUGGAAAUCCAGAUUCAUCCGAAUUCUAUGCAGUGCAUUCCCCGAUGAAGUAUCAACCCAUGAAGAAUCAUAUGGCUGGAAGAAAGCACAAAAAUUAUUUCCACAUGUAAAAUCGGCUAUGCUACAGCGCCCAAAAUCAGACGAAGAUCUCCUCCGCUGGGCUUCUUUGCUUUUCAACGCAUCGCUUCAUGCUUGGGAUGGUGGGAAAAUUGCAGAUAUGAAGCAGUUGGUUCUUAAUGCAAAAGAGGCGAGAGAGACACUCCUGGGUCCAGAGCACAUGAGCACUCUAAAGAGCUCCAAAAUACUAGCUCUUGCAUAUACCCUUCAAGGACGUUUUCCUAAAGCUGAGGUACUCCAAACUCACUUGGUUGAAAACAUAAAAACAGGACUGGGAGGUGAUAACGAGAUGAUGAUCGACGCUAUGAAUGAUCUUGCUUUGACAUAUAAAGCUCAGGGGCGAUUGCAAGAGGCUGCAGAGCUUCAAUGGCAAGUAAUGGAGAAAAGCAAAAAGCUCUUUCCUGAAGAUCAUCCAAACUCGAUUGCGGCUCUAGCAAACCUGGCAGCAACAUGCAACAAGAUGGGUGAUUACCAACACGCUGAAAUAUUAGGAGAUACAUCAGUCAGGAUCUUCGUGCCAAAGCUUGGUCUUCAUCACCCUAAUACAAUGGCGUGCAUGGGGAACCUAGCGUCAACGUAUAUCUCCCAAAAUCGCUUCGAUGAAGCCAAGGUUUUGCUAGAGCCAGUGCUCGGAUUCUCUCAAAGGUUCUACGGAGUCAAUAGUCCCAAUUGUUUCCCCGCAAUGAACAGUCUUGCAACAUUACAUCAGGAGCAAGGACAAUGGGAAGAAGCUGAAAAAUUAUACAUGCAGAUACUCACGAGCCCAGAGGCCCAUGGAGAGGAGCAUCCGGAUACCUUAACCGUACUAAGCAACCUUGCCGCUUUGUAUAGAAGUGUUAAUAAUUACGCGAAAUCUGUGGAACUCCACGAGCAAGUGGCCAACGUCCGAAAGCGGGUACUUGGAGAGGAGCACCUUGACACGUGUGAAAGCCAGGGUUGCCUAGCGCAAGCCUAUGGAGAUCAAGGUCGGUGGAAGGAUGCAGAGCAAGCCCAAAUCAGCUGUCUUCAGGGAGUCAAGUCUGCACUCGGAGAAGAUGACCCCCGAACUGUGCACGCUAUAAAUCAUCUUGCCAAGAUAUUCGAGCAUCAAGGUCGAAUGCAUGAUAUUUUUGCAUAUGUAAAAGAUGUCUCAAACGUGACGAUGCCAUAUUUGACUCGAAUACCAAUUCAGGCUCUUACCCCGUCCGGAGAGCAGAGACCCAGCGAGAGAUAUCACCCAGCGCAGCCACGAGACAUCUUUGAGGUUUUCAGUAUUCUAUGUCAAUGUGGCCAUGGGGGAUUACCUCGUUCCAUUAUCCUACAAAUUUUGGAUCACGCGAGAUAUUGGCUUCUCCAUAGGGCGUGGCGAAAGGGCUUCUUACGCGUUACUGAAAACGAAUGUCAGGAAAAGACACCAUAUUUAGCCACCACGCUUGUGCAUGGCUCAAAGCAUCCGGUUCAGAUGAUCAAAUUUCGAAUUAUAAGCUAUGAACACGGACACGCCUCUCAUCCUGAAAGUCAUGACACUUCUGAAAUCUCGGGGACAUGGUUUGAUUUGAAUAUCGAGCCCGGACCUCAACAAGGUCCUGAUAGGAUCUCAAGACAACGGCACUUGAUGACGAAUCUAUACGCGCGUUUGGGAUUUGCACUACAUAUUAUUUCCUUUCCUUCACUGUCAACCCAAUGGGUCAGAAAUCUCCAAGCUGGAGAUCGGAUUUCUGUCGUUCCGAUGGCUCGUUAUCCUGGCUGGGCUAAUCAUGUUGAAGGAGUGUGCAUCGAGGUGUACACUAGCUGUCUUUUGGCUCAACCCAUUACCGAGUCACCUUGUGCCGGCGGUAUGGAAGUUUGUCAUUAA